GCGGAGGCGGGAAGGACGGAGGCGCUGAGGGGCCGUGAGGGGCCGUGAGGGGCGCGGGGGAAGCGGCCGCUGGCGCCUCCGCCUCGCCGAGCACACAGAGGAAGCCAAGGCCCAGUUUUAACCCUGAAGCAAAGAGGAGGAGAGCUGGCAAUGCCUUCUGAAGGGGCAGAGUACACCAUUGGGGGGGUGAAGAUCCUCUUCCCCUGCAAGGCCUACCCCUCCCAGCUCGCCAUGAUGAACGCUAUUGUGAAAGGCUUGAAUAACAGGCAGCACUGUUUGCUGGAGAGCCCCACAGGAAGUGGCAAAAGCUUGGCUUUACUUUGUUCUGCAUUGUCAUGGCAGCAGGCUUUGUAUGAGAAACCAGGGCCAGCCUCGUCGUGUGACAAGGAGGGCAGGAAGGCAGAGCCAUCCCCGGCGUGUCACUGCAAGUGUCACUGCCAGCCCAGGAGCAGCCAGGCUGCACCGAGUGGGACUCCCAGUGCUGCUUGUUCUGCCAAUCAUCCUGACACAGGAGCUCCCAGAAAACCUGGGAGCCCACUGGCAAACACAGAAUGUAAGGAAAAUGAAACACUAGCUUCAAAGCUGUCUGCCAAAAAGAAGUUAUCUCUUCAUGACAGUGAGAACGAUGAUUUUCAAGUAGACAGGAAGAGGAUUCGUCCCCUAGAAACAGAGCAGCAGCAGCUUAGAAAACGUCACUGCUGUGCAAAAGGAGUGCAGCUGGUUGAUGCUUUGGAAGUUUAUCAUCAGAGGAAAAAUGGCGAGCUGACUGUUCACUCUGAAAAAAGCAUCAAAACCACUACUUUUUCUCCCCAAACACCUCCUGGCCCUUGCACUGAGUGUUGCUGUGCUUCUGGGAAGGACCCUGAUAAAGAUCCCAGUCGCACGAAGAAGAAAGAAAACGGAGAUCGGUUGUGUGUUCCCAAAAUUUUUUUUGGGACACGAACACACAAGCAAAUAACCCAGAUCAGCAGGGAGCUGAAGAGGACAGCGUAUUCCUGUGUCCCCAUGACAAUCCUUUCCAGCAGGGAUUACACCUGCAUCCAUCCAGUGGUGUCCAACAGCAGCAACAGGAAUGAAAAGUGUGUAGAAUUGCUGGAAGGAAAACAUGGCAGGUCCUGCUCUUAUUACCACGGUGCUCACAAGCUCAGUGAGCAGCAUGCCCUGCAGUCUGCACCUGGCCUGGAGCAGGCUUGGGACAUUGAGGACCUGGUGAGCCUGGGCAGGAAGCUCCGUGCCUGCCCCUAUUUUACAGCCAGGGAGCUCAUGGUGGGGGCAGACAUCGUCUUCUGUCCCUACAAUUAUCUCCUGGACCCACAGAUCCGGGACAGUAUGGACAUUAACCUGAAAGACCAAGUAGUCAUUUUGGAUGAAGCCCACAACAUUGAGGACUGUGCUCGGGAGUCCGUGAGCUACGGGGUUACUGAGAGCCAGCUCCGAGCUGCCCGAGAGGAGCUCGAUUUCAUGGUCAGCAACAGCAUCAGGCAGAAGCACCACGAGCCCCUCCGAGCUGUGUGCUGCUCCUUGAUCAACUGGCUGCAGGAGAGCUCUGGGCAGCUGGUGGAGAGAGCCUAUGAAACUGCCUGUAAGGUGUGGAGUGGCAAAGAAAUGCUCAACUUCUUGUACAAAAUGGGAAUAACUGGGAUUAAUUUUCCUGUUUUACAGAAACAUCUUGUUGCUGUGCUGGAAAAAGAAGAAAAAGUAUCUAUGCAUGGGAGAGAGGAAAUUAUUGAGGUGCCAAUUGUGAGCCCUGCAACACAGAUCAUGCUCAAAGGCCUGUUCAUGGUCCUUUCCUGUCUCUUCAAAGAGAACAGCAGGUUUGCAGAUGAUUACAGGGUUGCUCUACAACAAACUUACACCUGGAUGACUGAAGACCAACGUGAUGAUGCAGAUACAAGUUCCUUCUUCACGAGGCCCAAGCACAAAAAGAGUUCAAGGCAGAAAACCCUUGUCCACAUGCUGAAUUUUUGGUGCUUGAACCCUGCUGUGGCUUUUUCUGACUUGAAUGAAGUUAGAACAAUUGUCCUGACAUCAGGCACACUGUCUCCCAUGGAUUCCUUCUCCUCAGAGCUUGGAGUGAAGUUUUCCAUCCAGCUGGAGGCGAGUCACGUUAUCCGGAAUUCCCAGGUGUGGGUUGGCACGGUGGGAGCGGGCCCCAGCGGGCGGCAGCUCUGUGCCACCUUCCAGCACGCCGAGACCUUCGACUUCCAGGACGAGGUGGGAGCCCUGCUGCUGGCAGUCUGUCAGACAGUUGGCCAAGGAAUCCUGUGCUUUUUGCCAUCCUAUAAGAUGCUGGACAAGUUAAAGGAUCGUUGGAUGCACACUGGCCUGUGGAGGAAGCUGGAGGAUGUUAAAACAGUCAUUGCAGAGCCCCAGGGGGGGGCCAAGAGUGACUUUGAUGAGCUGCUGAAGAUCUACUAUGAUGCAAUCAAAUGUAAAGGAGAAAAAGAUGGGGCUCUGCUGGUGGCUGUGUGCAGAGGGAAGGUCAGUGAGGGGCUGGAUUUCUGUGACGAGAACGCCAGGGCAGUGGUGACCAUCGGGAUCCCCUUCCCAAACGUCAGGGACCUGCAGGUUGAAUUAAAGAGGAAGUACAAUGACCAGCACAAAAGUACAAGAGGCCUUUUAUCAGGGAGCCAGUGGUAUGAAAUUCAAGCUUACAGAGCUCUCAACCAAGCCCUGGGAAGGUGUAUAAGGCACAGGAAUGACUGGGGGGCUCUUAUUUUAGUUGACGACCGCUUCAGGAAGAACCCCAAUAAAUACAUAACUGGACUGUCCAAGUGGAUCCGGCAGCAGGUGCAGCACCACGGCAGCUUCGGCAGCGCCCUGCAGUCCCUGCGCGCCUUCGCCCUGCGCAACCAGGCCGGGGGGGAGCCUCCCUCCGAGCCCAGCCCCGAGCUCCCUGCACAGCCCAGGCACCUCUCCCAGGGCUCUCAGCAAGAGGCCAGCACUCCUCUGUCCCCUGGUGUUGGUGCUAAGAGCCAGGAGCAGAACGUGGCCUCGGAAGGGCGUUUUACUGCCGGCGUCGGCUCGGUUCAUCCCGCAGCGUGGGAUCGGCCAAGUGGCAGCAUGGCAGCAGAGAAACUGAGUGAUCAGAAAGUUGAUGUAGAGAGCCAUUCUCACCAUGUAAAACAGAGAAGAAAACAUAAGGACUGCACCCCCAAAAUGGCAGCAAUUAAAAUAAAGAGAGAAGAAAUGAAUGGUUGGAGCACUGCUGAUGUUGUGGAAGAGAAUUGCUGCUCUGAGCCCCUGACUUCAACUCCUGUAGGCCAGAACUGCAGGGCCACAGCCAGCAGCAGCCAGCAGCACGUGAAUGGGCCCAGUGGCCUUACUGAUCAUUUCAAUCAAUGCCAAUCAUCAUUAAUUGCAGAACAUAAACCAAGUGGACCAGAAUCAUGCUUGGAAACAGCUCAUGUUUCAGUGAAGGGUGCUGAAGGACAUCAGCUUCCAGCUGAGCCCUGCAGGGAUUUCCCUUCAGCAGGGAGAGCUGAGCCUUCAGCGUUAGGUGAAGAUGAGGAUGAGGAUGAAAGCAUUUACUUCACCCCAGAGCUCUAUGAUGAUGCAGAGCCAGAGGAGCAGAGAACUGAGCCCCCAGUUCCAGCCUGUUGUGCCCCUGGGAGUUGGGUGGGAUGUGGGAGCUCCACUGUCCCUGCUGAUCGUGGUGCCAGCAGCACCUCAGAGACACAGACUGGCACUGAAAACACUGAGGCUGGCAGAGCUCCCCCUGGGAUCAUGGAAGCUGUGAGGGGCAGGGACAGUGCAGCUGCUGCUCUAGGGGUGGCAGCUCAGGAGAUGGACACCCCUAAAAGGAAAAUCAGCCUCUCCAGAUCCCGAAAUAAAGGAUUGAAAGUUCAGAGGAGAUGCAGCAGAAGGAAAGGUGCCCUUGGGCAAAGUGGCUCCUCCCGGGAGAGAAAGAAGGAAGCACACAAGCAGCCCUGCAGGAAAGGACUUCACUGUGCUGUGUGUGGAGCUGAAAUCCUGCCCAAAGCACAGGGAAUUUUGAGAAAAGCUUGCUACAGUAAUAGUGAGCUGCAAAUAAUCUGGAAACUCUUCAGAAAUGCCAAUAUAAGAAGCAAAGAAUCCAUUAAUAAUUGUAAGUGUAAGCUAGAGGCCAUUUCAGAAGAUGAUAAUGUGGUGUUGGCCAUCUCAGAUGCUGCAAGUCUUGGUCACCUCAAAGAGACUUUGAAGGUUUAUCAGAUGCCAGUGAAAGACCUGAAUGGCAGUUUAUCUUUAAAUGCUCUUUGGAAUGAGAAGGAAUCUUCUCUGACAAGUUACUUGCAGUGCAGGAGCUGUGUCCUUCAGUCCAUUUCUCCAAGUCCUUUGAUAGGAGCUGAGGUUACUCAUUUCACUAACAAAGUGCAAUCAUGGGUCUGGCUGCUUCCCUCCUCUGUUCAUUAUUGCUUGCUGCUACAGAACCCUCCAGAACUGAAACCAGGACAUUUAGAUUCUGUUUUAUCUUAGAAGAGUUUUGCUGAUCAAUGCCAUGUAUUCAUCAGGACUAAUGAGACAGAUAAGUAAAGGACUUUAAUUAUUUAAUGCCAACCCAACCAAGCUGGUGUUCAGCACAAUAUUUGUGUGUGAUGAUGGGAAGGAGCUACCUGGGUACAAGUUCUGGCCCCACUGAACUCAGUGGGGUUCUGCCAUUUGCCUGCACAGAGCAAAGGCUUCACCAUAUGUUCAAAAGAAAUAUUUCAUUGGGGUUUUCUGAAUGCUGGUAAAUGUGGUUUUAUCUUCCUUUUCCCUUUUGAAUGUUUGUUUACCUUACAUACCCCUCAAAGUAAUUUAAUAUCAAAAACUUCUCAUCGAUUCCAUUUUAUUCCAAGUUUGAAUUGCCUCAUUUUUUAAUUUCUUGUGCAUUUAGAGACCCCACAUGGCAAUGUCUGGCCUGAAAACCUGGUAGGGGAGCAUUGGCAUAUUUUGUCUCGCUGUGAUUUCAACUGAAUUAAAGAAACCCAGAAAUAAAAACAUUUCCAUUUGUUUAUGUAACUAUAAAAGCCCCAUAAAACUGAGCUAGCAAGAAUAUCCUUUCAUGAGCACAAGCCCUUUUUGCAAGCAGGCCACAAACAGAGGGACACACACACCCCCACGUCCUAUCUCCCCUAUCAACAGCAAAUUACAGCAGGUCAAAAAACCUCCCACUAUUUUUCUUAGGAAAUAUCCACCACUUUUACAGGGAAUUUUGGAAAAUAUUUCUGUGGCCAGCGUGGAGGUGAAACCCUGGAGCACAAAGCAGAGCCACGGGCUGCUGCAAACAGCCUUGUAGGAAGGCAUUAAAAUGCCCUGCACACGUAAAAACAACCAAAAAACCAUGAAAACAAACCUUCAAAUAAUGAGGAUCUCGUGCCAGAGGGCAGGGCUGAUCUCCAUGCAGAUCUUCCUGCUGCACUCAGAGCAGGCUGAGGCUGAUGUCUGAGGAGGAAUCAGCAGCACUCGUGCUGCUCCUCCUGCUCAGCCAGGCCUAAAGCACCCUGCAGCCCCUCCAGCUCCUCCUGUCUGUGCCCUAAAGCCCCCUUUCUGUCCUCUAAAAUCUCCUUUCUGUCCCCUAAAAUCUCCUUUCUGUCCCCUAAAAUCCUUUCUGUCCUCUAAAAUCUCCUUUCUGUCCUCUAAAAUCUCCUUUCUGUCCCCUAAAAUCUCAUUUCUUCCUCUAAAGUUUCCUUUAUGUACCCUAAAGUCUCCUUUCUGUCCACUAAAGUCUCCUUUCUCCCCCUAAGGUUUCCCUUCUGUCUCCUAAAGUCUCCUUUCUAUCCCUAAAGUUUCCUUUCUGUCUCCUAAAGUCUCUUUCCUGUCCUAUAAAGUCUCCUUUCUGUCCUCUAGUCUCCCUUCUGUCUCAUAAAGUCUCCUUUGUCCUCUAAAAUCUCAUUUCUGUCCCCUAAAGUCCCCUUUCUUCCCCUAAAGUUUCUCUUCCGUCCCCUAAAAUCUCCUUUCUAUCCCUAAAGUAGCUUGGCAUACACUUUGUUUAGGAUGCCAGCAUAUUUUUUUUUUAUUGUAUCCCAGGUUUUUAUCAUGAGCAUGUGAAAGGUUGGAUUUGCUGAUUUUCAGGGUGAGCCUGACUGGCUGAUACAGCCAGAAAUAGCUGCAAACCCCAUUUCUGCUCUUGCAAAUCUGCUGUGGGUUUGUUUUCACUGCAAGUAAUGUGCUUGUAUUCAUUGAAAAGUUUAGCAAUAUUUUGUUGUGGUUGCUGGUGUGUAAAAUGCACCAAACUGUUGUAUAAAUUUACCCUUUCAUGCAAUAAAAUAAUUCUUCAAGAACAAUUUUAUCACCUGCAAUGUAUGGAAAUACCAAAAAAAAAUAUAAUAACUGCUCAUUCAUGUCUGUGUGUUUAAGUCACAACUGUUGUGAUGGUUGUUAUUAGCACAGCUCAAAAAGCCACACCAUUAAAAAUGGAUUUGGAAGGAGCUGUGAUUACAUAAUUAACAUGAUAAAUUAAUAAGGCUGUUGCCUAAGAGUUGGGCAUUAGAUUCUCAGCUUUAAGUUGGAAUUUAAUAUAUAUUUUUACUAAAAUAACCUCAAAUGAAUAUUGGUUUUCUUACAUAAUAAAAUUACUGUUUUGAUCUCCAUUUUACAGGCCACAAACAUCAAUAAUUCAGAGGAAUUAAUGCAUGUCCCUUCUGUAUUUCAUCUUGUUUCCUGUUUUGUCAUUAGGUAACAGUUCCCCCUAAGGCACAUGGUUUUAAACUUCCAAUCCAGCCUGUGCCUUUCUUCCAGAUCUGCAACUGCAGAUGCUUUUCAGGUUUGUAUUUUCCACACCCAGACCUGUGCCCAUGACAGAGCCCUGUGUGUAACAUUCCCAACCACCAGGGCAGAUCCUGGCACUGGCAUUUCAUCCAUUAAUCACUUUUAUCUGCCUUUCUGCUGGCCUGGCUUUUCAAAGUGUGAAAAUCUGCACUGCAGAGGAAUUUUAUGGAUUGCAACCCUGAUUUUUAGAGUAAAAUUCUACAGAACUGCUCUGCUUAGAAAGCUUUGGGCAGAAUUUUCAGGCUGCUGUGAAUUGCUGUUAAGCCUGUGUUGCCUUUUGGCUGGAAGUACAUCCCAAUUAGUGACCCUUGCAUGGAGCAGUAGCACACAGGAGGGAUUUGGUUGGUUUUUUUCAAGGCAGUUGUAAAUGAUUAGUCCAAAGGAGCAGCAUAAAACUGUGAGUCCCCUGCAGGAGCCGGCUGGAGGAAAUUAAAGGAUCAACAACAGAAGGGAAGCACUGAGGUAGGAUUGUUCCAGGCUGCAGCCACAGGCUUUCACAUGCACUCAGGAAAUUGGCUCCAUCAAAAGCUGAGGAUGCAGGAGUGAGGAUGAGGAGGAUCAUGCAGGUGAUGGUUCUAAAUCAUGGCCUGAGAUCCCAGCGCUUUCCCAGGGAGAGCUUUCCUCCCUCCCCACAAAAAGCAGCAUUUUCCAGGUAAAAAAUGGAAUCUUCUCUUUAUGAAUCAAUAAAAGCUGGGCAGAAAUGUGAGCUGUAAAUCUGAUAUAACUCAAUAAAUAACAAAGAUUGGGUGUCCCCACAAUAACAUCAGCUGGAUGGGGAUUUUUACUGUGCUGUGCCCUGUGUUUGUGUGAGAGCUGUGAAAGCCAUGGCUGGGGAGUGUUGGCAGCCAGAUAAAGCUCUGCCUUUAAAGUCUAAAGUCAAUUCAUUCUGCAGAAAUUUGCAUCUUCUGGGCCUGGGAUGAAGCUGAAAGCUUUGCUGGUGGAGCAGGAAAGGAUCACAGGAGGGGAAAUGCAUAAAUCCCCAUCUGGAGCCAAGUAUGCUGGGAAGGAGAUGGGGGAGCAGCAGUGCCAGAGCAGGCUGAGAGAGCAGAAUUCCAAGGGAAAAGUGGAAGAAAGGAAGAGGAAUGUCCCAGGGAUUCAGCUCUUCUAAUGCUCAAUACUUUCAGCAGAAGCAAACCACUGGAAAGCUGUAACCCAAACAAGGAAAUUAGAGCAAAAAUUAACAAUAUUCAACUAUUGAGAUGUCAAAAGAACCAGUGGAGUUAUUGGUGUGAGAGGUUAUUGCCAGAGGGGAAAACUCAGCAUGUCCUGGGUAAUUAAGCUUCACUGGAGAGCAUGGAUCCCUUCUCCAGGUAAGAAAGUCUUUUAUAGCAUGGCAUCUUUGCUAUUGUAAUUAAACACCAUGGGCUAUUCUGCAUAUGAACUCUUAAACACUUCAGUCCUUUAUCAGGGGAUUUUACUGGCCAGGCAUGUGUGUUCAGAUGGCAAAAAAACCCAGCUGCUGUAAAAAAAGAAACCCAAACAUUUCUUUUUAUUACUCGACUUGCUGUAUUUUUAUAUAUAUUGAGCCAAAUUCAUCCCUUGUGGAGCUCAGUUGAAGCCAAUAAGGGCAGAUUUGGCCCAUGCCUAUAUGAGAAAGGUGGUGACAAUUAAAAUAUAUUGUUUAAUAAUGAGAGCUAUGGUAGUGAAGUGUCUUUGUGUCUAUGAAAUUAUACACCACGACACCCAGCCAGUGUGGAGCUGGGACUAGCAAAACAUCUAAGGCUGGUUUCUGAUGGAAAGGCAAAAGCACUCUGACUUUUAUGAUUAUGAUUAAAUAUCACAAAGGCAUUUGAACGAGGCUAAUUUAGGUAACAUCUCCAGAAGUCUCAUUUAUAGUGCAGUAUUUUACCACUUGAAAAUACUUCUUGACUGUUUUUAUGUGUGGCUCUCAAGGACAGCGUGACUGGCUGUUAUUAGCAGUAAGUAAAAGAACAGUUUUUAUUUCACUUACAUUUGAGGGACUUUCAGCAAUAUUACAAAGAGGAAUGUACCCUAUUAAACACAAGUGAGGACAGCCUUUACUAUCACUUUCCACUGGCAAUUCCCACUUGUUCCCUGCUCAGGGCAUGGCACCAGCACAUGAAAGGCACUGUUGAUACCUUGGAGAGCUGGAGAUGUUUCCAGGUUAGCAACAAAGCCCAUGGCAGAGGAGCUGGGGUUGAGUGGCUCCUUGCAGCAGCUGCUCUGUGCAUCCCUGCAGUUAAUCCUGGGUGCAUUUCCAGGCUGGGGGUUGCUGUGCUCUCUGCUGCCCUGCAUGCCCUGCUGCAGUUUGGGCAAGCCCAUCCACAGCAGGAGCCACGUCCCUCCUGCCAGCUCCAUCCUGCUGCAGGGAGCCUGCCCAGCCCUGCUCUGCCUUGCAGAUGGCCCAAAUGUUGGCCCCAACACUUUCCUGUUGGCUCUUCACCUUGCCAAGAGGAGAGCUGGGAGGCUGAGGGGGAUAAGCAGAUUUCCCUUGGGGAAAAGUCUUUUUUCCUGGGGGUUCUCUGUGCUGGCCCCUGGCAGCCUCUGGCUCCUGGCUGUAGGAGCUGGGGUGAGAAAGGUCAGAGGAAUAAGAGAUAUUCUGUUAAACCAAGAACUAAACUGGCUCUUGAUGGCCCUGCUCAGAGUGUGAGAAGGUGGAAACACCUCAAUGGUGAAAGAAAAGGCAGCUCUUAAGCAAAACUGGAGAUAUAAAAUAUCAGUUCCAGUGCCACUGGUCUUCUAAGGAGCCUCUGACCCCCAAAAAUGAGAGUGGGGAGGGAAACACAGAAGAAUAAAAAUCCUUUUUGUUGUACUUAUUACUCAUUCUGAAUCUCUUUUAUGGAAAUCUGGCCUUUGGCAUCAGACUCAAAUAAUAUUUUAUUAGAAGAAAGCAUGAUUCAUUGGAAUGGUGCAGUGCAGUGUCUGUGGAAAGGAAAACUGGGAAGGACACAAGAGGAGCUCAGUGGAAAACCAAGCCAAGGAAGCACUGCCCCACAAAGGAUCUCAGCCUCAGGAAGAAACAACAGAAAGGAACAAAGAAUUUCCAAGCAAACCUCUGAGUGUGGUGGCAGAGCCAAGGAAGGAAUUGUUGCCAUAUUAGACUGUCAGCAGGGUCAUACAGUACCUGUGCAAGGAGAAUGUGCUGUCCUUUGGAAACUAACAGGAUUUUUUAUUAACAUCAAUGUGAUGAUCAGGACUGGCCCUUGGACCUGAAAAAUUGAAACUUAACCAGAGGAGUAAUAAAAGAUCCCAGGAGGAGGGGGAUGUUUAGCUUGUCUUAGAUAGGAUAAAAGUGAUUUCUCUCCUUUUUUGCACAUCUUCAGAGAUCUGGUUUUGGAGCUGUGAGAAGCAUGGCUGUGUUAUCCACAGCUCUUUCUGUGUGAUGAGAAGAGAAGCAGCAAAAAGAAGUGAAGAGAACAAGCUCAGCCUCUCCAUAGUCCUGAUUAUAACUCAUCCAACACUGCAACUCCUUGGCAAGAAAACAGCAUUUAUAUUUAUUUUAUUUUUAUUUCCCCCCCCUUUCUCGCCUUUAAGUUUUCCAGCUCAUGUUUUCCCUGUAUUUAAUUCCUGGUCACUGACCUCCUGCUUCCCCUUCUUUUGCUGUUAAUAGGAUGAAAACUGAUUUGGGGACAAUCUAAUUAGCUACUUCCAGAGGUGAGGGGAUGUUAUUUCUGUGUUAUGCAUGAGAGAAACAACCCAUUCACUAAGGGCUGGGGGUAGGAGCAUCUGUAAAUCCUGGAUUCCAUGGAGUCCAUGGCCUGCAGUGGGAGCUCUUUUCUCCCAGCCAGGAGGAAUUCAGGUGAGUUGGGGGUUCAGCUUCACUUCUGCUGAUUUUCAGUUGUAGUUGGCCCAAAUGAGAUCUUGGAGACUUCUGUGCCUGCUGCACCCAGGGUUUGGCAGCAGCACUGAGCUCGGGGAGCUCCUGCUCUGCUCCCCCAGCUCUCACUCCUGGAUUCCCUCAGCCCUGGGGCAUUUCAGGCUCCACACCCUGCACUGAAUGUCUGUGCUGCUGGCAGGUUUGUGUGUCCCUGCAGGAGGAUGGGCAGGGCAUCCCAGGGUACAACCCAACAACCAACAGUGUGGACUUUUCUAUCCAAUUACACAAAGCCACCCAAACCCGUGGGGAAGGUGACGAAGAAGGAUCAGCCAUGGCCCUAAAACCUCCACCUUGUUUCUAUCUAUUAUUUAUGUAUGUCCCUGCAGGGAGGAUGGGCAGGGCACCCCAGGGUGGCAGGGCUCAGCCCUCCUGCCUCGUGCUGCGUGUCCUGGAUGUCUGAAAGGACAAUGUUUGCCUCCCAGGCAAACCCCCCAGCCCUCCUGAGCCCUGCCAGCCCGGGGAGCCUGGGCAAGGCUUCCCCAGAGCUAAAAUCCCUCCCUCCCUCCCUGGCACUGCUGGGGAGGGCUCAGUCCUGGUGCUGGAUGUAAAUGCAGAGCUGCCCUCUGAUCCUGCACAGAACCCAGGCAGCUGCUCCUGCCCCCUGCCUGAAUGAGGGAUGGGGGAAGGGAAGGGUGAGGGGCAGUGGGGACCCCCCAAGCUCUGAACUGCCUGUGUCAUGGGAGGGGAGAAGGAAGAACAGACUCAUUGCAAGCAGAAUAUUUGGAUGAAAUCCUUUUACUCCAUCACCUUUGGUGUUCUCAUGAGUCAGGCUUAGAGCAAGUGCUCACCCAGAGGUGUCUGAUCAGGUCAGGCACUGAGGCUAAUAAAUGUAAUUAAUGUACUUUGAUUUUUUUACUGUGAAUGGAAAGGUUCCCUGUCCCCACUGCCAUCCCUGCCCUGUCCCCUGUGCCUCCAGCCCUGCACUCCAACUGGUUCCCAUUACUCUGGUGCACCAGGCAAGUUCAUCACCUUUCCAGGAUGUCCCGUGAUUGAUUCCUCAUGGCCAGGGCAAUCUGCUCCAAAGUUUCAGACUAAAAUGAGCUCUUGGAUUUAGAGGGGAUAAUCAAUGGUUUGGGUAUUAUUCUGUUCCAUUUUCAGCUGUCCUUCCAUGUGUUAGAUUCAUAGCUGAUAUCAAAUACUAAAUAUUAUAUUUAUAAUAUUUACAUAUAUAAAUAUAUUUCUAUUAAUAUUUAUAAUGUUUAAAUAUAAAAUACUAUAUAAAUAUACUAAUUCAAAAUAUUUUAUCUAUUAUAUUUAUUAUAUUAAAUACUAAGUAUUAAAUACUAAAAUAUUAAAUUUCUAAUUUGAAUAUCAGAUUCAGACUUUUGUUAUUCUCCAGUAGCUGCUCAGACACCCUGGGCAGGAGCAAACUGCAGUUUUCAGUGUGGCUGUGUCAUCCAUCAAACUCAAAUACUCCGUGCCUCAUUCCUGAGCUGCACUGCACAGCCAAGGCUGCAGUGAGGGGAAGAUGAAAGGGCUGCUCCUGCUACUCUGAAGUCUGUAAAAGUUUUCCUAUUGACUUCAACAGAAAUAGGACUGAGCUUUAGGAUUUUGGCAUGAAACCACAAAAGCAGGAUUUUCGUGUGUGCUGAGCUGCAGCAGGCACUGCUGCCUGUAAGGAAUUUUCUCUGCACGUCUUGUUCUCUGGGGAUGCUCAGGGAUGUCCUCCCUGCUGCCAGGGCUGGGCUGAGCACACAAACCUGGCCCAGAGUCCUCUUAUCAGGAACCUCCCAGCUAGAAAACACAUUUGUCAGAUUUUGUCUUUCAGGACUGUUAAAAGCAAAGCUGCCCAAGCAGACAGCGCUGACACUCCACCUAAUUUUUCUUAUUAAAAAGUCAAAUUUCCUCCAGUUUGUAAAUACAGCCCCACUGAAAUGUUCAUCCAAACUGCAGCAAUGUGUGGUUCAAAGCCAAAAGUUUGUGUUUGCUGGGAAUGACAACAACAAAAAAAACCCAGAUGAAAAAUGUUGGCAUUUGCCAAACAAUCCUUCAGACCUCUUUCCCAUCAGUAUUUGUCAGUGGAACAAGAGCCUUGUGACCUGUUGCAGCUAUUCCUCCUCUUUUCAUUCCAGUGGGGUUUGCUUUUCUUUUAUUAAAUGAGUUUCUAAUUAACAAAACCUGCAAUUAUCCUGAUUUUAAUUGAAUUGGUGUUAUUUGCACUAAUUAAUCUCUUUUUUAUUUCCUUCUCUCAGGACAUUCCAAAGGUGGGCAGGGGCUCAGGAGGGCAAUUUUCCAUCCUUGCUGCUGUGAAUCCCCUGGGACAGCUGACCUGCCAUUCCCAGAGUGCUCAGCCAGGAGCGUUUGCUGGCCAUGGCCAGGGAAGGAUCCUCCUGGCAGGACUGGGCCACAAAACCCAACCAAGAGAGCAAAUCAGUUCAAAACGUGAUGUUUUCUACCAGCAAGUCCCAGGCUCAAGAUUCUCUCCCAGCCUGCUAUCACAGGAAUAAAUCCCUCCAGUCACACUGAAUUUAGGCUGCCUCUUGUCACAGUCAAGUGCAUGGCACCUCCUUGGAGCAGGAAGGAUCCUGCUCUACCAGCAUCAGGAGCAGCCAAGCCUGUCCAGGUGGGAAAAGCAGGAGAAAUCAGAUGGAACCUGGGUGCCUCACC